AUGAACUCUUUCAGCAAACUGGCCGAAAACGUGGUCGACGGCGUGAACGAUGUGCUGACUAAUCCGGCCUAUCACGAGUAUUUGGCGGUCUUGAAGGGCACGAGAAAUGGAAUCGUCUACGGAGGACGUCUCCGGUUCUCACACGCUCUGGUCAUGGCUCUCCUCUUCCGUUCAGGACCUUGGUCCAAACGAUGGGCUUCCAUUUUCAAAGCGACCCGUCAACACGCCACGUCGCUCGGCUCUUUUGUGUUCAUCUACAAGAGCGUUCUGCUGCUGCUCAAAAAGUCCCGUGGAGACGGCGUUGCCAACCUCAAACACAUUGAGCACCGAAAUAACGGCAUGGACGCCUUUAUCGCCGGUCUUAUUGGUGGCUAUCUGGUGUUUGGACGCGAGUCUGCGCCCUCCCUCAACCAGCAGAUUGUGCUCUACGUCUUUUCGCGAGUGGUUAUGGGCUUUGGCAACCUGCUGAUCAAAAAGGUGCUGCUGCCCAUGUGGAGACAGCAGCAGAUGAAGGACGGGUUCAUUGGUGGUGUGACUGCACAGUCUCGUGCCUCCAAGUUCCGAAAUGUGUCUUGGGCCGUGUUUGCCUCCGUGUGCUGGGGUCUGAUCAUGUAUCUUUUCCGAACCGAUCCCGAUGUCAUUCAGCCAAGUAUGCUGCACUCGUUGAAGUACCUCUAUGUGGACAGUGAGAGUUGGACGGGAAUGGGGGAUUUCUUCUAA